CAGUAGAGUUCAGGAAGUGGCGCGUGAAGCAGCCUAAAUUCCUCGCGCAGGAGCGGGGGCUCGCGGAGGCCAUGGAUCACAUAGGGAUACUGGGGGCGCACCUGCAGCAGCACGCGCAAGUGGAGUCCAUUAGUUUCGGCAUCGAUCAGAUCCUCAGCAACGUGGAGCAAAGCUGCAUGUUGGGCACGAGGAUGCACGAGCCGGACUACGGACACCCGGCCUACAACAGCGGCGCGAGCGGCGGCGUGAACGGUGGUUUCACGUGCAACAACAGCGGAUAUAACGGCACCGGCAGCGCGUGCGGGAUGUCUUCCCUCGGCAGUGCUUAUCAGAUGAGCAUGGGCGUGAAUAUGAACGGUGCUAACGUCAACCCCGCCGGGGUCAUCCGUGUCCCCGCUCACCGGCCUCUGAGCGCCGGGAACUCUUCCAUGCCUGCGAUGAGCGGGACCAUCAACAACCUGACAGCGCUCACGUUCCCAUGGAUGGAGAGCAAUCGACGCUACACUAAAGACAGAUUCACAGUGUCCCUCUCACCCCUCACUGUAACACGUCGUGUAGGUCACCCUUAUCAGAACCGGACACCGCCGAAGAAGAAAAAGCCCCGGACGUCCUUCACCCGCCUGCAGAUCUGUGAGCUGGAGAAACGCUUUCACCGGCAGAAGUACCUGGCGUCGGCUGAACGUGCUGCGCUGGCCAAAGCACUGAAGAUGACCGACGCACAAGUCAAAACCUGGUUCCAAAACAGACGCACCAAGUGGAGACGGCAAACGGCGGAAGAGCGAGAGGCUGAGCGGCAGCAGGCCAAUCGGAUCCUCAUGCAGCUGCAGCAGGAGGCCUUCCAGAAGACGAUCAACCAACCCGUGACCCCGGACCCGCUGUGCCUACAGAACAGCUCUCUAUUUGCCCUGCAGAGCCUGCAGCCAUGGAACGAGAAUACCGCAAAGAUAGGCAGCGUAACUGCCUGCGAGUAGAAUCAGCACAAACCAUCUAGCAGGGUGUCUGAGAGACUGCUUAAUAGCAGAGAAACUGGCUAAAGCUUACAUGCAAGGUCAUGUCCCUGUUCUUGUUGUCACCCAUCUACUGUCAGAUAGACUUUGAAGCACCAUCAGACAGAGUCCCCCAGCACUACUCGCUCCUAAUGGGGAUCACAGUCUGAGGUGGAUUCUUCAGUGGUCUGGAGUGAAUCCAGCCCUGCAGACACCAAGGUUUAAUCUUUGGGAAUAAUUCGGAGGAGUACUGAUGGACAGUGUGACAGACUGGCAUCGAAGAGUUGUUGUAGCUACUGUAAUUUCCUAAGAGACUAAAUGAUUCAUGGCUAAAUAACGUAUUUUCAUAUGGAGUCUCUUACAAAAAGAAUAUGCUUCUGCAAUCAGUGUCUAUCCAACCCCUCACAGCAGUUUGUGAUGUGACUGCGACUUUUAAUCUGUUGACUUGUGUUGCUGGACACAAAUUUUCACCUCUUUGUGUUCCAAAUUAUCCUACAUUUGUCAUGCACACGAAAUGAAUUUUGGCUCACUGCAGCAUAAAAGAGCACUUAUUUUAUCACCUGAGAUGAAUAACAGCGAGAGUGAAAAGAGUAAACCUGUGUGUUUCACCCCGUCUUACUGUAGCUAGGCUAUAUAUGGUCAAAAAUCAUCUGAUUAAUGGGGGAACAAAUACCAUGGCACUUUAUAAGUACGUUUAACAAAAAACAUACUUUUCAUCACAGUUUAGCUCAUAUCACAUUUUCUUUUCUCUUAUUUUUGUAAAAGGGUUUUACAGACGGUAUUUUCCUAACUGUCACCUCUGUAAAGCAAAGGAUCUUAGACCUGACACCAAAAAACAAUUACAAAAAGCUGUCGUGUGUUCAUUUUUUGUCCACUGUGUGUGUAUGUGUGUGUGUGUGUGUAUGUGUCUGUGUGUGUCUGUGUGUGUGUGUGUGUGAUAUGCUUCAAAACAGCAAAAAGCUGUCUUCAUACACAGGAGGCAGUUACAUAUUUUGAACACUGACACACAUUUUCUUUCUGUGUAACGUAGCAUUUAGCGUGAAUGUCUCUUGAGCCUCAUCAUGAGAAUGAUGAUUGAAACAGCUGAUUGGAGAAAUAAUUAAUAACAACUAUGUUCAUUAAAAACUAAUUUAGAAUGAAGGAGAUAGAAAACCUCCCCACUUUAUGCCGUAGUUUUUCCCUGUGUGACACUCUAAUGGCUGAAGUGAAAAAAUAAUGAAUUUCUUUAAAUACUAUGAUCGUGUUAUGUUCUGUAAUUUAUGUAGAUCGAAUUCUCUUCGUGGGCUAUCGUUAAAGUAUCUCACUGUUUAUCAGUCAGUUCUCACAGCACUUCCAGAUACAAAUCAGGGGUUUGAAUUCUGUUUUGCUUAUUUGUUUUGUCAGACAGAUUUAGUUCUUUUCAUACAUUAGUGUAUAAACAAAAACAUAAAUGUGGAUAUUUUUCUGCUUUUUUUCACUGAUGCCAACAGACUGCAGAAGCAUGUUUGUGCGUGUAUACAUGUGUGAUGUGACAUUUGCCAGGACUGGUUUCUGAAAGGCUGAAGGAGAAUUUCAUCAUCCACUCAGAAAUAUCAGUGCUGAGCCACUGAAGCUGAUCCACACUGGUGCCUCCUGGAAUUCCUUUCCCCCAACACACACACACACACACACACACACACACACACACACACACACACACACACACACACACACACA